AUGGGAGAGGUCGAUCCAGCCUUCAUUCAAGACCUUGAGCACAGGCCAAAAGUUGAUCAGAUCAUCAAAGCAGAAGGAAUACCCUUAAUUGAUCUUUCCGUCCUUAGUAGUUCUCCUAACACCAACUUGGAAAACCCUCAUGCAGUUGAUGGUGAUCUUGUUAAGGAGAUAGGCAAUGCAUGCAAGAAGUGGGGCUUUUUUCAAGUGAUCAAUCAUGGGGUCCCUCUUGAUAAGCGACAAAAGAUUGAGAAUGCAUCAAGAAAAUUUUUUGGUCAGCCAUUAGAGGAGAAAAGGAAGGUUAGGAGAGAUGAGAAGCGAGUGUUGGGCUAUUAUGACAGUGAGCAUACCAAGAAUGUUAGAGACUGGAAAGAGGUGUUUGAUUUUGCUGUGAAGUCUCCAACCAUUGUACCAGCCUCGUAUGAACCUGAUGAUAAGGAAGUUACCAAAUUAGUUAAUGAUCAAUGGCCUGAAUAUCCACCUGAACUAAGGGAGGCCUUGGAAGAAUAUUCUAAAGAGGUGGAAAAACUAGCUUUCAAGUUGCUGGAGCUCAUUGCCCUGAGUCUAGGCUUACCAGAAAAUAGGUUCCAUGGAUUCUUUGAAGACCAAACCAGCUUCAUUAGACUUAACCAUUAUCCACCUUGCCCUGUUCCAAACCUAGCUCUUGGAGUUGGUCGACACAAGGAUGCUGGUGCCAUGACCAUCCUUGCUCAAGAUGAUGUUGGAGGAUUAGAAGUUAAGCGAAAAACAGAUGGAGAGUGGAUUUGGGUCAAGCCAACCCCAGAUGCCUAUAUCAUCAAUGUUGGUGACAUCAUCCAGGUUUGGAGCAAUGAUGCUUAUGAAAGUGUGGAACAUAGAGUUAUGGUGAACUCUGAGAGGGACAGAUUUUCCAUUCCAUUUUUCUUCAACCCGGCACACUACACAGAUGUGAAGCCCUUAGAGGAGCUGACAAAUGAGCAAAACCCUGUCAAAUACAGGCCAUAUAAUUGGGGGAAGUUUUUCGUCACUAGAAAGCGUAGUAAUUUCAAGAAGCUUGAUGUUGAGAACCUCCAAAUUUAUCACUUCAAGGUGCCAGAAUCCGAGCUAGCUAACAAGUUAGAGGGAGCACUGUCCAUUGACAAGUAG